GAAGCAGGGCCUGGAGGUGGAGGAGAAUCAGGGCCUGGAGGUGGAGUUGAUGAAGAAGCAGGGCCUGGAGGUGGAGUUGAAGAACAAGCAGGGCCUGGAAGUGGAGGUGAAGAAGAAGCAGGGCUUGGAGGUGGAGGAGACGCAGGGCCUGGAGGUGGAGUUGAAGAAGAAGCAGGGCCUGGAGGUGGAGGAGAAUAAGGGCCUGGAGGUGGAAGAGGAGAAGCAGGGCCUGGAGGUGAAGGGGAAUCAGGGCCUGGAGGUGAAGGGGAAUCAGGGCCUGGAGGUGAAGGGGAAUCAGGGCCUGGAGGUGAAGGGGAAGCAGGGCCUGGAGGUGAAGGGGAAGCAGGGCCUGGAGGUGAAGGGGAAUCGGGGCCUGGAGGUGAAGGAGAAGCAGGGCCUGGAGGUGAAGGGGAAGCAGGGCCUGGAGGUGGACGUGGAGGAGAAUCAGGGCCUGGAGGUGGUGGAGAAGCAGGCUCCCAGCACAUCUGCUAAGGUGGAGGUGCUUUCUGGGAAGCAGCUAAAUGCCUGUGCUGAACAGGACAUCGCAAGCAGUGAGGAAGACCUUUAUCGAGGGGAGGAAGAGCUCUCUCCAGGGAUCCAGGUCAAACUAGCAACUCAGGAGCCCCUGUUUGAAAUAACAUUGCCUAAAGUGGAGGACAGGUGCAGCCUGGCUCCCCCUGUGGACAUCCUGUCCUAUAGCAAGAGAGAGUGGAAGGGAAACACAGCCAAGAGUAUUCUCAUUCGAAAGGGUUAUGCUGAGCUGUCUCAGAGGUUUGGGAGCCUGAGGAGGGUGAGAGGAGAUAACUUCUGUGCCCUGAGAGCCACGCUCUUCCAAGUGCUCUCCCUCAGCACCAGACUACCUUCCUGGCUGGAAGACAUCUCCAUGUUGCCUCAGGAGCUGCAGUCUCGGGGCCAUCUGAUUGACCAUUGGCUGUUUCCUGUAGAAUGCAAGCAAGGGGAGGGGCCAGAGGAUGCGGUGCAGCAGCUAAAACGCUACAUGGAACUCCUUCAGACCAGGUGGCAGUCAGCAGUGAGCUGCUCCAGCCCGGAGGAGCGCCAGCGUCUGUGUGAACGCGUGUUCCAGGGAGGGGAGGAGGAGCUGGGCCUGAUGGAGGCCCUGAAGAUCCUGAUGCUGGGCAGGGCCCUGGAGCUCCAUGCCAGCAUGCAGCAGGGACAAGACGUUCCCAUCUUCUGUUGGCUGCUGUUCGCACGCGACUCGUCAGACUGCCCUCGGAGCUUCCUCUCCAACCACCUCAGCCAGGUGGGCUUCAGCGGGGGCCUGGAGCAGGUGGAGAUGUUUCUGCUAGGCUACGCUCUACAGUGUACCAUCCAAGCCUACAGACUGUACAUGGCUGACACAGAAGAGUUUGUCACCUAUUACCCCGAUGACCAUAAGGACGACUGGCCAGGAGUGUGCCUGGUCACAGAGGAUGACCGUCACUACAACGUCCCUGUGGGAGAAAGAGUAGGACUACAGGUCCCAUAAGGCCUUGCUGAAAACUGAUUAAAGCUCUAUGGAAGCUGGGCUCGUGGCUUUGCACAACAGAACUGCACUCCUCAGGUUGAUUUGAGUGACUUGUUUCCCCCAUUAAAAUGAUCCCUUUAUUGCCAGAAAGACAUUGACUGCAUUGUGAUCAGUUCUCCAUUGUGUUGGAUGAGCACUGACACUAGGCUCUGAGAAGUAUUGUGUUUGUAUGUCUUCUUCCUUGGGGUCUUCAGCCAAUCGCAUCAUGGUUAAUUUUUAAUGGGUGAUUUAGUGUUUACAAGUCUGGACAAAAGCACAUGCUGUGUACAGUAAUAUCAGGUGUUUCAGAAGAUGUUUCUCACAAAUAUUCUCUUUAGUGAUGUAAUAUUAUUGAGUGGAGGGCAGAACAUGAUAAUUCAUACCAUAACAGAUUCCUCCUGCUCUGAUUGUGUACGUAAAAAGGAAACACUGGAGUUAUUGUGGCACAUUUUGUGUACCAAUCUAUGUCUGUAUGUAGAAAUGUAUUAUUAUUUGAUUUAUUUUUAAGUGUGAAUCAUGUCUUUUAACCCGUAUCCAAAUAUUCCCUGUCUUAGCUAACCUGUAACCAUGUGAUCAGAGUGGUGACGUAUGAGCCUGCUUGGUUUUUGAAUGGCCCAUUACCUUGCUGCCCGUAAGUAGAUGUGUGUAACAUGUUGCCUUUAACCAAGGUGCUCUUGGAGAAAAAAACAACAACUUUGUGCCAAUGUUGCUGCAAAUGUCUAGAAACUGGUUACCAGUCUUCUGAUUUGUUGUCAGCCACCAGCUACUGGGCAGAGUCACAGACUAGCUUGGUCUCACUCCAUGUUGCCUUAGUAACCAAUGCACAAUACAGAAUGGACAUUUGGGAUUGGUGGGAGACCAUUUCCUUCUUGAGCAAGGAAAGGAAUAAAGUGAAUAUUAUUAUCCAAGAUGCCAUGGAUUUUCUAAUAGUGUCAGAUUUUGAAGGAAACAAUGGCGAUGAAUUGAAUGAGUUGAAUAAAAAAACAUUUCUAGAAAGACUGGAAAAUGUGUUUGUGUUAUUAUAGUAAUUAUGUUACUACUACUAAUAAAGCAAUUUAUUUGCCAAAUAAAAUAACACCUAUACAAUAUAUACAGAACAUCAGUCUGAUCACACUACUAGUAAAAUAGCAGUACU